AUGAGUACUGAUGAGAAUGAUCCUUUAUUACAAGCAUUGAACCAAGAAACCAAUAAUAAUAAUAAUAAUAAUAACGAUGAUAAUCAAGAGACAAGGGAAGAAGCAUCCAGUGCUGACCCCGAAAGAGAAAGAGCACUUGCCAAAUUCAAAGAUAAAUUAUUAGAACAUAGAAAAUGGGAUGCAAGAUUAAAAGAUUUAAGAUUAAGUAUACGAGACUUGGAUAAAGAUUAUGAAAAAACUGAAAAUGAUAUAAAAGCAUUACAAUCAGUUGGUCAAAUAAUUGGUGAAAUUUUAAAACAAUUAGAUGAUGAAAGAUUUAUAGUUAAAGCUAGUUCUGGUCCAAGAUAUAUAGUUGGAUGUCGAAAUACGAUCAAGAAAGAAAAUCUUAAAAAUGGUGUUAGAGUAUCUUUAGACAUGACUACUUUAACAAUUAUGAGAAUUUUACCAAGAGAAGUUGAUCCAUUAGUUUAUAAUAUGACUACUUUUGAACCUGGUGAAAUUUCAUUUGGUACAAUUGGUGGGUUAACCGAACAAAUUAGAGAAUUAAGAGAAGUUAUUGAAUUACCUUUGAAAAAUCCAGAAUUAUUUACUAGAGUUGGUAUUACACCACCAAAAGGUGUAUUAUUAUAUGGUCCACCAGGUACAGGUAAAACAUUAUUAGCAAAAGCAGUAGCAGCAACAAUUGGUGCAAAUUUCAUAUUCUCACCAGCAUCAGCAAUUGUCGAUAAAUAUAUUGGUGAAUCUGCAAGAUUAAUUAGAGAAAUGUUUGCAUAUGCAAAAGAACAUGAACCUUGUAUUAUAUUUAUGGAUGAAGUAGAUGCAAUUGGUGGUAGAAGAUUUAGUGAAGGUACUUCUGCCGAUCGUGAAAUUCAAAGAACUUUAAUGGAAUUAUUAAAUCAAAUGGAUGGAUUUGAUACACUAGGACAAACUAAAAUUAUAAUGGCUACUAAUCGUCCAGAUACCCUUGAUCCAGCAUUAUUAAGAGCUGGUAGAUUGGAUAGAAAAAUUGAAAUUCCAUUACCUAAUGAAUCUGGUAGAUUGGAAAUUUUUAAAAUUUAUACUUCAAAAAUAUCUAAAAAAGGUGAAUUUGAUUUUGAAGCUGCUGUUAAAAUGAGUGAUGGUUUUAAUGGUGCUGAUAUUAGAAAUGUAAUUACUGAAGCUGGAUUUUUUGCAAUUAGAGAUGAUAGAGAUUAUAUUUUACAAAAUGAUAUGAUGAAAGCUGUGAGAAAAGUUGCAGAAUCUAAGAAAUUGGAAGGUAAAUUGGAUUAUGAGAAAUUGUAG